AUGAGCAGUCAGUCGCAGGUUUUGGAGAAUUUCGUUAAAAGGCUUCUGGCGUCGCUGGACGAAACUAAUCCACAAGAGCUGGCCAAAGUGCUGCAGCUGGUAAACCCGACGAGCUGCAAGAUCAUUGUCAACUCGACGCCGUUUGCACAACCAGGAGCGUUCUUGGAACUGUGGCAGAGUUCGGUGGUGCAGACCCAGCACGUGAUCACGGGCAUGGACUAUCACGUGAUCCCAGGCACCGGGACACUGAUAUGCAGUAUGAGCGGGAAAGUAAGAUUCGACGAAAGCGGGAGGGACAAAACGGGCAUGGAUGCAGUGGUUCCGGGUGCCGCGGGCAAUACGGGCACCACGGGUGCGGGCCCCAGCGCGAAGCCCAGACCUCUUUGGGGACCGUAUUUCGGUGUAUCGCUGCAGCUCGUACUAGAUGACCGCGUUCUGGCCAACGAUUUCAACGCCGUGAUGUCCAGUCUCAACUACACGAUGGUCUACGCGCCGGACGACUCGCUGAUGGACCUGUGA